AUACAUCGCAAUAUUAUGUCCGCGUGUAGUCCGUAUUUUAGAGCCUUAUUUACUAAUCAGAUGUUCGAUACCAAUAAAAGAGAGGUCAUCAUUCCAGGGGUAUCUCCCGAUAUUAUGAAAGAAUUAAUUGAAUACGCUUAUACUCGCGACAUUAAGAUAGACUCCGAGAACGUAGAACUACUUCUUCCUGCCGCGGACCAGUUCCACAUUAUUGGCCUAAUCAAAGCUUGUUGUGAUUUCUUGUGCAAUCAACUCGUAGCGGAAAAUUGUAUCGGUAUCCGUAACUUUUCACGAGCUUAUUUUUGCCACAGUUUGGAAAGAACAGCUCUGAGAUAUCUGUUGCAGAACUUCACCACCAUUUAUCUCGUAAGCAACGAGUUCUUGCAAUUAGAUGUCGAUGAAGUCAGCGAAAUUUUGUCCUCGGAUGAUCUUAAUGUGAAAAACGAAGAGUUAGUUUUUGACGCUGUUUUAAGGUGGAUUGAUUUCGACCCCGAAAGACGAAGAUGUCACAUGGCGAGAAUUUUAAAAACUAUCCGACUCGGGUUGCUAUCUACCCAGUUCUUUGUCGAAAAGGUUAAAUCGCAUCCAUACGUCAAGGAAAGCGAGGCAUGCAAACCCAUCGUUAUAGAGACCCUCAAGUUCCUGUAUGAUUUAGAUAUGGAUGACGAAAAAGAAGUUGAUCUAAACAACCCGUUGGCUAAGCCGCGGGUUCCACAUGAGAUACUGUUUGUGAUUGGUGGAUGGAGCGGCGGGUCACCAACCAAUAUGAUGGAGACAUAUGAUACGCGAGCUGAUAGAUGGAUUGUCUGUGAUUCCGUUGAUCAAGGUCCACGAGCUUAUCAUGGUACAGUAGCUUUGGAUCAGUUAAUCUAUAUUAUUGGUGGUUUUGAUGGCAUGGAAUACUUCAACAGUGUUCGGUCAUUUAACCCGAUAACCAAGAAAUGGACGGAAGUUGCGCCAAUGAAUGCCAAACGGUGUUAUGUCAGCGUUGCCGUAUUAAAGGGGCACAUCUACGCUAUGGGUGGAUUUGACGGCCAUGUUCGACAAAACACUGCCGAAAGGUAUAUGAAAAAGAAGAACCAAUGGAGUCUUAUUCAACCGAUGAACCACCAAAGAAGUGAUGCUAGUUCUGCAGGCUUAGAAGGUAAACUCUAUAUUUGUGGCGGUUUUAAUGGCCAAGAGUGUUUGAAUUCCGCUGAAGCUUAUGAUCCAGAAACCAAUCAAUGGACUCUUCUGACACCAAUGAGAAAUCGCAGAAGUGGUGUUGGUGUUAUUUCUUAUCGCGGAUGUAUCUAUGCGUUAGGUGGAUUCAAUGGCAUCACGAGGAUGAAUACUGGAGAAAGAUUAAGCCCAUCUACCAAUACGUGGCAGACAAUCCCAGAAAUGUACAAUCCCAGAAGCAACUUUGCUAUCGAGGUUAUAGAUGAUAUGGUAUUUGCUAUUGGCGGAUUUAAUGGAGUUACAACCAUAUUUAAUGUGGAGUGUUACGAUUCUACAUCCGAUGAAUGGUAUGAUGCCACUGAUAUGAAUCUGUAUAGAAGUGCUCUUAGCGCAUGCGUCGUUAGAGGUUUACCAAACGUUGAACAAUAUAUACGUCAAAAAGAUCAAGAAAAAUCAGAGGACCAGAAAAAGAAAAAAGCCACCACUGCUAAAGCAUAAAACGCCGAACACACCGCUAGAAUGUAAAAAAUAAAACAGAAUAAUAAAAAAAAAAAAUGAAAACUGUAAUAAUAAAAAUAACGGUAAAAUAUAAUG